GGAAGGCUGCAGGAUCUGUGUGUGAGAGACACGCUUUCUGAUGCAAACUCAAUAUACUGACAAACUACAAAACAAGACAACAGAUACAUUUUCUGGGACUGAGUCAAACAACGAGAAUCAAGAUACUGGUCUUCAUUCCUCUACUCAGAGUGAGAAUGUGGAGCAAGAUCCUUUGAACUGGAAGAUCACUGAGCUCCUUGACCAUCUUGUACGGGCACAAAGCACAAUCUGUGCCCUGGAGAAACUUAAUGUUUCCUCCCUUCUACGCCAUUUACCUGCUGAUAUGUUGGAGUCAAUAAAGGUCUCCCACCAAGGACCAGAUGGCACCAUUCACCCAGAAGACACACCAGACCUCAAAUCGAGUGUCAUCUCUUCAGAGACCAGCAAUCUAGACAUCUGUGGUGGUAACUUGAGGUAUACUGGAGAGGAGAGCAAGCUGGAGGACCAGCCUGUACAGCGAAUGACUGCUUUUACCCCAUGGAGUCCUAAGAGGCAAAGGUCCUUUCCUGCUCUUCACACACUCUACAACUCCACCGAGAGUGACUGCAGCUUAGAAGAUGUGCUGCCUACCUUCAGACUUCUCUCUCCGAGGUUUCCUAACCUGGGGGAGAGUUUUUCUGAUGACAGAAAAGAUAAAGGGAACUCUGAUGUAAGUGAAUACAAUUUUAAAUGAUCUUGGCAUUGUAGGUGAA